UUGUCAUGAAAGUCCAUUGAAGGAGUAUUUGUGUUUCGUUUAAUUAAUUAAAAUCUGUAUUCUGUGAAUUGAAUGAAUACACCUUAAAUAUGUAUUUCUUGUAUUUGAUACAUGUUUUGACAUUUUGAUUGAUACAUAUUCACUAACACACACACAGGCGCUCUCUCUCUCUCUCUCUCUCUCUCUCUCUCUCUCUCUCUCUCUCUCUCUCUCUCUCUCUCUCUCUCUCUCUCUCACACAAACAGAUCACAGCUCGUGCGGUGGAGACAUGAUUCAAACAGUCGAAGUCUGGAUUCAUUCAGUAGUAGGCUAUUCCAGAAGCCGAUCCGCUCCAUCAGUCCUCUUUGCCUGAAUUCCCAUGUUUUUUGACCGUCACAUACAGGGCUCAUGGGUACACUCAGAGAUCUUCAGUUCGCCUUGCAGUUGAAGAUAGAGGAGUUACGGCAAAGAGAUGCUCUCAUUGACGAGCUAGAGCUUGAGCUGGACGCUAAAGAUGAUCUCAUCCGCCGCCUGCAGGGGGAGCUCGACCGUCUGCGCCUCUCCGUCUCAGGUCAACAGCGUGCUUCAUCUGUAAGAGAGAGGAGACGAGCCCUAGUAACAGAACCCAUUAACAUGGAGCCAGAACUAGUCCUACAAAACCCUCCAAUCAGCUAUAGCAAAACCCAAGAGUCACAGAAGCUGAUAAAAGCAGUUCUUGCAGAGAACGAGUGUAUGAAGUAUCUAGACAGGGAUCAGAUAUUGUGUUUGGUGGAUUCUGCCUAUCCCAUCACGCUCAAACAGGGUGUGUAUGUCGGAAAGGAAGGCGAUGAAGGAUCCCAGGCAUACAUAGUUGAAGAGGGAAAACUGGAGGUGUCCAGGGCCGGCCAGAAGCUGUACAUCAUUGAGCCGAGGGGGAUGUUUGAAGAACUGGCUCUCAUUCAUAAACACACCUGCUCCACAACUGUCACAGCUCUUAUGAACAGCAGGUUAUGGGUGAUAGAGGGUCAGAUGUUUCAGAAGAUCAUGAUGAGAAGCGUCCUGAUCAAAAUCACCCAGUCCCUGCAGUUCCUGCGCAGUGUUUCACUGUUCUGUGUGUUACCAGAGGAUGUUCUUAUGAAAGUGUCUGAUGCUCUGGAGGAGUCUCACUACAGUGAAGGUGAUUAUUUAAUUCGAAAUGGUGGUCCAGGAGAUACCCUCUUCAUUGUUAGUCAUGGCCAGGUGAAAGUUUUAGAGAAACAAUCUGCCAAUGAGGAAAAUGUGUUAGUGUCUGUUUUCAGCAGAGGAGAUUGUUUUGGAGAGAGACCUCCACAAGGGGAUGAUGUAAGGUCGAUGAGUGUGGUUGCCUCAGGCGAUGUGACAUGUCUGGUCAUAGACAGAGAGCUUUUCCAAAAGAUAACUAGAGGCUUCAGUGAUGUCAGAACAAAUCAGAGCAGCAACACCCAAUCAAUGGCAAAUGGGUCUGCAUUUGGUGAAAUGUCUCUUAGCAGUUUUCAGGCGUUGAAUAAUCUGGUGGAAGGACAGUAUGGUCACACUCAGCUGGUCCAUCUUAAGAAUGACUUCAGACGCAGAUUUGCAUUGAAAGCCAUAAGAAAGCAGGUAAUACGAAGCCCAGGCCAAAAAGAAAGGAUCUUUGCAAAGAAACACAUUCUGAUGGAUCUCCAAAGUCCAUUUAUAGUAAGGUUGCACUGCACUUUUAAAGAUGCAAGAUACCUGUAUAUGUUGAUGGAAGCUUGUGAAGGAGGAGAUCUGUGGAAUUUACUGAGAGAGAGGGGGUCACUGGAUGAAGCUGCUGCUCGCUUUUACACGGCGUGUGUGCUGGAAGCUCUCAGUGUUCUGCAUAGCAAAGACGUUAUUCACAGAGACCUAAAACCUGAAAAUGUUCUACUGGACCAGCGGGGAUAUGCUAAACUGACAGGGUUUGGUUGUGCUAAGAAGCUGGGUUCGUUGCACAGGGCCUGGUCAUUCUGUGGGACUGUGGGUUAUCAGGCACCAGAGGUCAUCCUGCAUAAGGGUCACGGUCUGUCCGCAGAUCUCUGGGCUGUAGGGAUGUUGCUGUAUGAACUGCUUAAUGGCCGUCCUCUGUUUUCUGGCUCGGAGCAGCUAAAGGUUUUCACAGCUGUCCUAAAGGGAAUAGAAGAGGCGGAGCUUCCCAAAACAAUCAGCAGGACUGCAGCGCAUCUCAUCAAAAGCCUGUGCAGACACAACCCCACAGAGAGACUGGGCCAGAGGAAUGGUGUCAAGGACAUCUGCAAACACAUCUGGUUUGAAGGAUUUGACUGGGACCUUCUGCAGAAAAACACAAUGACUCCACCAAUAAUACCAAAUGUUGCAGGUGUUUUAAAUAAUGGAGGAUCUGCUCCCUCUACAGAAAGCCGAACCGAUUCAGACUGGGACAUUGACUUUUGAUUUUUGCCACAGUGAUAUGUAGACAUUGUAAAACAUAACGGACUCUGGAAUUUAUACAUAACACACAGCUUCUGAAAUUAAUAAUAAAUUCUAAAAUAACACGUAUGUUCCUAGUGCAAAUACAUUGUCCUUUAAAAUUUAGCAGUGUUUGAUACUGGAAUUUUGGGAUUUUGUUAGAAACAUAAAACCAAAAUCACAUUUUACAUUAGUGCAUAUACCAGAUAGGACAUAAUGUCGGCAUGCAGGAUAUUAAAGCGAGUUGACAUUUCACAGACUUUCAUUAUUUUUAGACUUGCCCUGAUGUCCAAUCCCAAGAAAUGAUUCCAGUGCAAUUGAAGAUUACAUUGGCCUAAUGGGAUCUAUCUAAUAAAAUUAUAGAUGAACUCUACAGAAUUUUUGAGUUGCAUGAAUACUUGAGAAGCAAACAAUCACAUUUAAUAGUCUGCAAUUUUAAAACAAUAGAAAAAGUGUCAUAAAGGCAAUGGCACAUAAUGCCAGGACAUAGUCUUACAGAGGGGCGGAUUCUGAACAAAAAGGACAAAGACUAAGGAUAUUUUUACAUUUUUACUUUUGGAAAUUACACAACAAUGCUACACAUUUUAAUAAGAAUUUCGAAAUAAUGUCUUUAUAUCCCAA